AUGCUACGUCAGGUGCUUCGCAAGUUUGGUCAAAGGCUGGUAAGCAGACGUCCACUGGAGAAAGAAGUGGAUGAGUUUGAAUCUGGCAUAAAACUGAACACUCUGGAUUUAGUGGCCCUGGGUGUGGGCCGCACAGUGGGUGUUGGUGUGUACUUCCUGGCUAAUGAGGUGGCCAGUAACCAAGCAGGACCAUCCAUUGUGAUCUGCUUUUUGGUGGCAGGUCUAACAUCACUGUUGGCUGGGCUGUGCUAUGCGGAGUUUAGUGCCCGGGUCCCCCAUUCUGGCUCGGCAUAUCUCUACAGCUAUGUCACUGUAGGUGAAAUCUGGGCCUUCAUCACUGGCUGGAACCUCAUCCUCUCCUUUGCUGUUGAUGCAUUUGUUAUGAUCCAGGCCUGGAUCUUAACUUUUAACAUUAUCUUUGAAAACCGGAUCUCUGAGACCCAGCAUGAAAUCAUCUCACAGUAUGUUCCCCAAGUAAUUGCAGACAAUCUACACUACGUUUUUGUCAUCUUUCUGUUUUUGAGCAUGGAACUGCUGUUUAUGGGUUGGCAUGGCCUCCUCAGAGUUUUUGAAGUGCUUACAUUGGUGAAGCUUUUGGUUCUCAGCUUUUUCAUCAUCUCUGGCUUCAUUAAGGGGGACCUGCACAACUGGAAGCUCACAGAAGAGGACUACAUACAGGCUGGAUUCAAUGACACCUCUCGCUUGGGCCCUCUGGGCUCCGGAGGAUUCGUGCCUUUUGGCUUCCAGGGGAUUCUCCGUGGAUCAGCUACCUGUUUCUAUGCAUUUAUAGGUUUCAGCGUUAUUGUUACCAGAGUCAAAGAAUGCCACAAUCCCCAGCGUUCCAUCCCCAUGGGCAUUGUGAUUUCACUGCUCAUCAGCUUUUUUGUGUAUUUUGGUGUCUCUGCAUCACUUACACUCAUGGUUCCUUACUACCAGUUUCAACCUGGGAGUACCUUGCCUGAGGCAUUUCUCCAUGUUGGCUGGGUCCCUGCCUACUAUGUUGUCACUUUUGCAAUUUUCUCUAGUAUUUUUGUCAGCACGUACUGGGGCUUUACGUUCCCCAUACGCUGGGUGAUAUACAUGCUGGCAGAGGAUGGUCUCCUCUUCCCAGUCCUUGCCAGGUUCACUCUUAGCGCAUAUGGCCGUACCUUGUCCAUUCUGAUCCUUGGCAUUAUCACAGCAGUCAUGGUAUUCUUCUUUGGACUCACUGAUCUUCUGGACCUGAGGUCAGUUGGCACCCUGAUAUCUUACUCCUUGGUAGCUUUUUGUGUUCUCAUCAUCAGGUAUCAGCCUGAAAGGAGGAAGGAGGAAAAUGAAAAAGAGCUGCAGGAGGAGGAUGAGGGAAAUGAAGCACAGGUGCAGGAGGAGGAUGGGGGAAAUCAAACACAGGCGCAGGAGGAGACCGCACCUGCAGUAGGGAAGCUGACUUUACAGGGACUAUUUUUUCCUGGCAGCCCCACCCCCACUCCACUCUCUGGCCGGGUUGUCUAUGUUUGCUCCUCACUGCUUGUUCUGCUGCUGAUUCUCCUCUGCCUGGUGCUGGCCCACUGGCCAGGUCUGCUUUCUGGAGACCCAGGGCCGAUCACAGUGGUUGUGCUGCUCCUGGUGCUCAUCUCUGGGAUCACUGGGGUCAUCUGGAGACAGCCACAGAGCUCCUCUCUCCCUCCCUUUAAGGUCCCUGCUCUGCCUCUCCUCCCACUCCUGAGCAUCUUUGUGAAUGUUUGCCUUAUGACGCAGAUGUCAGCUGGCACCUGGCUGAAAUUUGGUGUCUGGAUGCUGAUUGGGUUUGCUCUCUACUUCUGCUCUGGGAUCCAGCAAAGCCUGGUACCUUAACCCUGCUUAUGGACCCAAGUCUAGACCUUGAACUCAGCAGUACCAGUAUGUAUUUGGCUUGACAUCAUCACACGUGAAUGUUAUCUGAUCCCCUAUACAGUAAUGGGGAGUACUCCUGAGCACAUGGAAAUAUGGGCUCCUAUGAGAUACUGGUGUGGGAACACUAAUGGAGCUUCAUAUUUAUGGUACAGUGAAGGGUGUGUCUUUGCUCCUCCACCCCCCCUCCUUUUUUU